CAAAUGCCCGGGAUGAGGACGGAGUCGGCUAGGGAGAGCGUGCUGCAGAAACUCAGACAGGUUAACCGGGAGGAAAAGUCCUGGCCGUGGUGCGCUGCUGGUGCAGCUGCCCAGCGUUAGAUAGUCCGGCUGCUGGCUGGGCAGGUCGCGAAGUUGCGCGUGGUUUCUUUCCGGAUGGAUUGACUGAUCCCGCCGGGAGUAAACUAUAGAACGAACUCGUGGAGAGGAAAACGGACUGAGAUCGUGCAUAUUUUCGUCUUCUUCUUUUCUUUGACGCAGAAGACUGAUACAAAUCUUAAGCUGCCAGACAACAGAAAGAAGCCAUUGUGAGCUGUUGAUGCUAAAGCAAUACUUUAUCUCUGGAGAUAGGGAGAGUUGGAAUUACUAUCAUUUCAAAGCCAGAUUGAAAAUUGCCUUGGAUGUAAUUACUUAAAAAUGAUAGCAGCUGGGAAGUUUGCAAAUCUUCCACGGGAUAUGCAGAUGAACCAUGAGUUUCCCUUGGUCUCUUCUAUGGAUCUGUUGAGCAGCAAACCCACCCUGGCUGAUGAACUUCAUUCUGGUAACCAUCAAGAUGUUUCUAUCCAUGGCACCCUUCCGAGAAAAAAAAAGGGAACCCUUCUUCUUGGGUCAUGUGAUACCUUCAACAACAUGAGAAUGUUGCCAUACACCAAAACAAAUCAGUCUCCAGGAUCUUUAAUUCAAGGUGUCAUUGAAGAGUAUCCCCAGAAGAAUAGGAAAAGUGACAGUCGCUCACACAGAGACCAGAAUGCUAUGGAUCCAGCUUUGGAGUAUGUGAAGUUUUUAAAGGAGAAGCAGGUGAUGGACAGUUCCCCAGAAAAACUGAAGAAGGAGCUGGAAGAAGAAUUGCAGAUGAGCAGUGAUGAUUUACGGAGCCAUGCUUGGUAUCAUGGGCGGAUUCCACGACAGGUGUCUGAGAGCCUCGUUCAGAGAGACGGUGACUUUUUGAUCAGAGAUUCUCUCUCCAGUCCUGGCAAUUUUGUCCUUACCUGUCAGUGGAAAAACAUCUCUCAGCAUUUCAAGAUCAAUAAAACUAUCGUGCGGCUCAGCGAAGCUCACUGCCGGGUGCAGUUUCACUUUGAAGACGAAGGCUUUGACACUGUCCCUGGCCUGGUGCGAUGCUAUGUGGGAAAUCGCAAGCCCAUAUCAAAGCAGAGCGGAGCGAUUAUAUUUCAGCCCAUAAACAGAACGGUUCCUCUGAGAUGCCUGGAGGAGAAAUACGGGAUUUCUCCAGUCCUGCCAAGAGAAGAUAGCAUUCCAGAGGGGCAAGUAGAAACCCCACAAAGACUGAGCCUUAAUAUCUGCAAUCGACAAGCCAGAGAGUCCACUUUAGGAAAUCUUUUAAGAAACAAAGAAAAAAGCGGUAGUCAGCCCGCGUGUUUGGAUCACCUGCCGGAGAAGCGAUUCCCCUUAAAGACUCAUCAGUCAGAAAGCUAUCUGCCAAUAGGUUCAAGAUAUUCUUCCCAAGGAACAGAAACUGAAAACAGUCCUUGUACGAAGCCUCCGGCUUUUAGAACUGGCAGUGAACCUAAUCUGAGCCCCCUGGUCUUCCGGAGAUUUGCUUCAGAGUUGCAAAUUAGUGAUGCGCUCAGGGGGUCUGACAGCCAACUUCAUUUGAGACCCCCACCAAAGCCCAGUAAACUGCCAUUUCUGAGGCCACUGCCGGGCUUGGAAGUCCUCUAUUGUGAACUGCACGCAGCUCUUCCCACAGAAGGCAGGCCAACAAAGCAACCUUUAUGUCAGAAAAACAGCUUUGUAGAGCAUCUGACAACGAAGGACAAUGGGAUCCAUUCAGCCUUGAUCCUGGAGGACAGUGACUCCUUGCUGAGUUCUGUGGAUCCACAGACAGCUCAGUUGGAGAGAAGCAAAGAGUGUCCCAUCUUUGUCACACCUGUCAUUGAGAAGGUCUCUGGUUUCAGGCCAAACCAUUUUGAGUCAAAACUUCUUCCCCUAGAAAACAAGCCCUUGGAGACCACAAUGUUGAAGAGAGUGAAAGAGCUGUUUGUGAAUAACGAGGCAAAAGUCAUUGCCCAGCAUAUACUGAAGAUGGACUGCAAGGUUGCUAGGAUACUUGAGGUCUCCGAAGAGACGAGGAGGAUCAUGGGAGUGAAAUCAGGCUUGGAGCUGAUUACCUUGCCCUACGGACACCAAUUGCGCCUGGAUCUAAUUGAAAGGCAUUCUACGAUGGCAAUAGGAAUUGCGGUGGAUAUUCUCGGCUGCACGGGAAAUUUAGAAGAGCGUGUUGCCACUUUAAACAGGAUUAUCCAGGUUGCAGUCGAACUAAAAGACUCCAUGGGCGAUCUGUAUGCCUUCUCAGCUAUAAUGAAAGCUCUGGAAAUGCCUCAGAUUGCCCGGUUGGAGCAAACGUGGACCAGCUUGAGGCAUUGUCACACACAAACGGCCAUUUUGUAUGAGAAACAGCUGAAACCUUUCAGCAAACUCUUAUACGAAGGAAAAGAGAUCACUUGUGUGUCGCAAAACGUCGUCACUGUGCCAUUGCUGGUGCCUCUGGUUACCCUGCUGGAGCGUCAAGCUGUGGUCUUUGAGGGAAUGGAUGUGUGGGAAAACACUGACCAGAGCUGUGAAAUCAUGCUGAAACAUUUGGCGACAGCUCGUUUGAUAGCACAAAACGCUGAGCAGUAUAGCGCAAAUGCAGAAAGGAUCCUUACAGGUUUUCAGCCAGACGAUGCAAUGAACGAAAUCUUCAAAACAGAAUUUCAGAUGAGAUUGCUCUGGGGCAGCAAAGGAGCCCAGGUCAACCAAAAUGAAAGAUACGAAAAAUUCAAUCAAAUUUUAACUGCACUCUCCCGAAAAUUAGAACCCCCCCUUACCAAGCAGACUGAAAAUAGAAACGCCUGAUGGACUCUCAGCUAAAAAGAAAUUGGCAGAACUGCCAAGAAAGCAUUGUUUUAAAAAGAAAGCUGUAGUAAAUGUUGCUUAUUUCUCAUUUCCCUGUGACAAAACUGAUCUACUAGAUCAGGGGCAGGCAACCUUGGCUCUUUUAUGACUCGUGGACUUCAACUCCCAGAAUUCCUGCAAAGACUGCCCUCCCCCCAAAACCCUUCCAAAAAAAAAAAUACUUCCUUAGGAAUAUCUACUGUCUGCCAACUCCCUUCUAUGCUGCUAUGUGAUUUAAAAAAAACCUGUAUUUCCCCACUCUCCCCCCCCCCAAAGUUUCAGGCCAAUCAAAAAUCAUAUUGCAAACACAGCAUCUAUAGCCAAUUGAAAAUCAGGGCACUACUUCAUGGAUUAUUAUUUUAACUUUUAUUCCAAAUAAACUGCUAUAACCCUAGAGGGGGUGUGGAAGACUGGUGGUUAUACUGUCAAAAAGUUUUUUUUUUGUAAAGUUCCUCUGACAUCAAGCAGAAUCUGUAAACUGUAUUUAUGUACAUUUAUUUAUGAGUUGCUAAUAAUGACUUGUGAUUUAUAAAGGAUUAUUUAUUUGCUAUGAUUGUUGCCUUUCAUGGACACCUCCUAUCCGCUAUUAAAAAAGUGAUCAUUUUAAGACUUAUAUCCAGUAAUGUUAUUAACAGUCUAUUUUGUAAAUAUAAAUAAAAGUUAAGAGAUAUCUUUUUAGGAGAUAUCAGUUGUAUGAUAUCCCUUAAAUAGAUGUGGAAAAUUUUAUAAUAGCUGUGAAUUAAAGAGUAACACUUGAAAUAUU